UGGCCAUCCCCCACCAGCAGGAGCACUCGAUGCAGCCCAUCCAACACCACACGAUCCCAAGCAAGAGACCCCCGGGCAGGCGGCAUAAACCGUUUGCGUGGCCGAAAUGGAAGACCCUCUUCAGGAAGUGCGGGUCCAGGACUUCAUCGACGACAAGCUCCAGUCGACGACGGACCUCGACCACCUCGACGACCUCCUGGCCAACGUCGAGCUCCAGAGGACCCAGCUGCAGACCCAACUCGAUGACGCGACAAAGGAGCUCGACGCGGCCCGCCGCUCGGGCAGCGACCGCCAGGAGUCGCUGGCCCAUCGCAUCGACGACUUUGACACCCUGCAGCGCAGCAUCGACUUGCGCCUGCAGAUAGUCGCCUCGUCUGACGCCCCUGACGAGGCCAUCCGCCGCCUAGAACCCUCCAUGCGGCGCCUGCACCGCGUCCGCCUCGCGCUCGACUACCUCUAUCUCCUCCGCGACGUCGAGACCUUGCGCGCCGAGGCCCGCUCCCAUCUUCCCGGGAGCCCCAAGGCCGCCCUGCAACCGUAUGCGCGUCUGAGGCAGCUCUCGGCGCGCCUGCGCGAACUGCAGGUCCCCGCCGACGGCGCUGCCACUCACCUCGUCGCCCACGUCGACGCUGUUGCCGAGGCCCUCUGGUCCGAGAUGAAGGCCACCAUGUCGGACGAGAUGAGAGCCCUCCUGGCUGAACGAAAGUGGCCAUCGUCAGUGCAGCCCGACCUUCUGGUCGACGAGGAGUGGCGCGGCUGCUUCGAGAAGCUGGUCGAUCUGCAAAUCCCCGAGAUUCUUUACGACUCCUCGGUUGUCCCGCUGCUCCCCAUCGAUGUCAUGGCCCAGAUAUGGAUCAAGGAGUUUCGUUACCACUUCCUGGGCGAUCGCCCGACCGCCAACAACCGCCUGAUCGGGCAGCAUUGCUUCCCCUGGGUGAUACGCCUUGUCGCGACCUGGGAGGACUUCUUCCGGGACAACUUUGGAUAUACGCUGUCGUCUAAGCUUGGCGACACUGCCGCUUCUGCUAGGCUAGUGUAUAUGGACCCAGUCUGUGCCCUGGUAACCUCGCUGCUGCCCGUUUUGCGAGAGAAAGUCUCGGCGGCAGCAGCCGAAGCGGUCCUGGACUCAAGCUUCCUGAGUAGCUUUAUCGGGCAACUCUUGACGUUUGACGAGGAUAUACGAACUCGUUUCGGUUACGAUGACGGCGAUGGGGGCGACAAUAGUGGCUGGGAUGGACUGACCGCGGGCGUACUGGAGACGCACUUUGUGGCAUGGCUGCAAGCGGAGAAAGAGUUUGCGCUCACACGGUUUAAGGCCAUCAUGGACUCGGCCGAAGCGCGUGCUAUCGACUACGACUACGGCGGCCCCGGCAAAACCAAGCCGACGUUUGCUGCCUCUCGCGUAACGGAUCUUCUUAAGUCCGUGACUAGCCAGUACGAGCGUGUCCGGCGCUUCUCGCACCGGUUGCGUUUCCUCAUCGAUAUCCAGCUUGCCAUCCUAGACGAGUUCCACGACCAUCUCCGGGGUUCUCUCGAGGCCUACAUGUCGCUUACUUCGACCUUUGCCCGCACGCUGCAGGGGGCUACUAAGGAGCAGCUCGCUGCGCUUGAGGGUACUGGGUCUCUUGAAGUACUCUGCAAGGUCUAUGGCGGCGCCGACCACGUGGUCAAUGCGCUGGAAGACUGGAGCAACGAAGAAUUCUUUAUUGUUUUCUGGCAGGAGCUUCAGGGCCGGGCCAAGAAGAAGGAGGGACAGGAGAGUCUCGCGGGCGGUCUAAGUUUUGACGACGUCAAAGAGAGAACAUCUGCGGCCGUUGGCUCCGAUGGCGACGGCGCCGUUAUAUUUGACGAGAUCAUCGCGGCGUAUAACGCUCGGCGCAAAGCGGCGCUCAACUUGAUCAUCUCCUCCCUUGCCGAUGCGCACUACACCGCCUUCCGCCCUUACCUGAGGCUGGGUCAAUGGACGACCAUCAGCGAUGACCCCUCCCAAGCCGAUCCAUCACAGCUUGCGAUAUCGCCCGAGCUAGAUGAACCUCUCCGAAUCAUCAAACGCAACUUGGACUUCUUGCAUCGUGCCCUUAGCACGGCCGCAUUCCGACGCGUCUGGCGCGAGGCCUUGGACAAGCUCAACGAUGCGCUGUGGGAUGGCGUGCUUAUGGGGCACAGCUUCACAGCCUUCGGCGCGGCUCAGUUCGCCCGCGACGUCCAAGCAGUGGUGUUGCUAGUCGAGCGCUACAUUCCGGACGGCUCUGCAAUGCUGCUGAGUGUGCAGGAGGGAAUCAGGCUCCUGAGCCUCCCGCUCGAUGCUCCAGAGCAUGCCGACGGUAGUACAACUAGGGAACAAUCCGUCAUCACGCUCAGGCAGGCCAAUGACCGGAUCCUCAUGGACGAGGCCGAUGCGAGAAAGCUUCUCGAGGAGCUGGGCGUCGAGAUGCUCACGCUGGCCAAUGCAAGACACAUUUUGCAGCGGCGGGUUGAGGUGAGCGCAUAGCAUGGAGGUUUAGGGAAGCAUGCAUGCGUGAGAGAUAUGAACGAUUGGAAAUGAGAUGAAGAAAGAAGAUAAGCGCAGGUGUUUGUCGUUCCCGUGAAAGGUGCAAACAAACUGGGUGCUCAGCGAAUGCCCAGCCCCUUGAUAUGGACGUGGAAUGAGAUCCGCAUAACGCUACAUGUGUAUCCAAUGUCUACCGAUAUCAGUAAAAGUGUAGAAAAUGAACCGAUCUCGCCACAGGAACCCAAAUGAAAAGUCCAGUCCAAUAAAAGGAGAAGUAUGAAAAUCCCG